GUAAUCAAAAAAUCAUAUUUUUCAUCUAACUUCAAAUCCUCUCAUCUGCAACUCUAAUCAGAAAAUCCAACUAUCCACGGAACACCUAAAUCAAGAAAAUUUAUCUGCAAACCCUCAUCGGAAAACUUAGUCUAUCUGCAACCCUCAAAAGAUUGAUCAUUGAUGAAAACAAAUCUUACAUCAAUGGGAAAGAACAAGACUAAAUCAACAGUACAGAAUAAUGUCAAGCAGUUUCCGAUCAAAAUGAAGAAGAAACUGACGAGUCAACAGUCUCAACCUGAUGUUGCAUCUCCACCUCGCCGAUCACCAAUAAAUGCAAAGUCCGCAGAACAAACUGUUCCUACAUCUCCAAUUGAUACAAAUUCUUCUCAAAGGCGAUCAUCACCAAGGUUGAAAGAGUUUACAGAACCAACUGAUACAAAUAAUUCUCAGAGGGGAUCAUCACCAAGGUCCAAAGAGUCCGCCGAACCAAGAAAUCCUCAGAGUACUACCCAAACUCCAUCACAUCAACAACAUCUUACUUCACCAUGGAAGGUACUGGCUUCUAAGAGGAAGAAGGUGCUGACACCUACAAAGUCAAAACAAGAUUCUGCAAAGGGGGGAAAGACAGUAAGGCGGAUAUUGGAUAUGAGCACUGGCCCAUGUCCAAAUAUUCAACUUGUCGAUCCAAAUGACACUUUUUCAGAUUUUGAAGAAGAAGAAGAAGAUGAAACUUUACAGCACGACAAAGACGUGCAAGUGGAAGAGCCUGAUGUUGAUUCUGACGGAGAAAAAGAUAAUGGUGAUCAUGAUUCUGAGGGUGGUACUGAUGAUAAGCCGGAAGGUGAAGAAGGUGAGGUUGUGGAACCAACGAAUAAAAGAAAGUUCGUUCCACGUGGACCAACACAGAUGUAUGCAAAAGCCAAAGUUCCCUUCAACUCUAAAGAACGGCCGAUUGAUGAUCCUUCCGUGCAGCUGGCCAGUUGUCUAGGGGUAUUAGUUCGGCGAAAAAUUCCUUUAACAUUCAAGGAUUGGAGAGUUGUUCCUCAUCAGGCCAAGUUCAACAUAUGGAAGAUAGUCGAGCAACGGUUCAUUGUGUAUGAACAUUUCCAAGACUACUAUUUUUCCAAAAUGGGAGCAUAUCUCAAAGAAGCUCGAUCUAGGAAAGACGGUUUGGUACUCGAGGCUUUGGAUCACCUAAAAGGGGAAGAAAGAGAGAAAAGGCUUGCAAACCUAAUGCCCACGAGCAUGUCUGUCAAUUAGUGGGAAAAAUUUGUGAAACGUAUAGACUCGGCUGAAUUCAGAGUGAAAAGACUCAAAAUGCAAGAAAUUCGUGCGACGCACAACACCCCUCACUCGAUUAGUAGACAAGGUUAUGCCCGAAUGGAGGAGCAGAUGCAAAAAGUUCUGAAAACAACUGAACCGAUCGAUAGAGCUGAUUUAUGGAUUAAGGGUCACAAACAGCCUGAAGGAAGGGAACCAAAUCCUGCUGUUUUAAAGGCUUUU